UGUCCCAUCUCUUCCCCACACGUGUUUCGCGUAAACAUUUUCGGCAUGUUGAAGGAAUCUAGGAAUUCGUUGUAGGAAUUAAAGGAAAAGGACAAGCAAAAAGAAAGAAUGACGCACCUGGGAGCGGGGGAAAAGCCGGAGGAGGGAGCAGAGCGGCCGUCUGUGUUCAAGGAGAGCAGCUGCAUUUUUCGAAGGAAUCGAGCCCUUGGCUAUGUGAGCAACCAAGUUCCGGCGGUCACGCGGUACGUCCAACGUCGCCGGGACACGCUGCUGAUCACCUGCAUCGGCAGAUCCUUCCAGGUGUACACCGCCAAUCACUUCCGGCUGCUGCACGUAAGCGGCCUUCAUCCGGACGAGAUUACAGCGCUGGCCACAGACCGCCUGCACACGUACUCUGCGAGCAACAAAUGUAUCUUCGCAUGGCGAGCGGGCAAGCACAUCCGGCACGUUUAUCGAGGCCAUAAGAAGGAUGUACACCUUUUGCUGCCCUUCGGCUCCAAUUUAAUUGCCGUCGAUCGGGAAAAUGUGCUAAAGGUGUGGAAUAUACCUACCGAGGAUGUCUAUUUAGAGGUACCCUUUCGACCAGACGAGUUCCUGAUCACCGCAGUAACCCAUCCGCCCACGUACAUCAACAAAAUCGUGCUGGGCUCACAACAGGGUCAGCUGAAGAUCCUGAACAUUAAGAAGAACAGUGUGGUGUGCACUUUAAGCCACCAUGACAGCAGGAUCACCUGCAUCGAACCAGCUCCCGCUCUGGAUGUGGUGGCUGUGGGCCAUGGAGAUGGUGCCAUCAUUCUACUCAACCUCAAGUUCGAUGAGGUGCUCAUGAGCUUUCAGCAGGAUUGGGGGCAAGUCACCAGCCUCUCCUUCCGCACAGAUGGACCGCCUAUUCUGGUUUCCGCGUGCAGCAACGGCUAUAUGGCCUUUUGGAAUCUAGAGGAGCGCAAAUUGUCAGGUCAGCUGCAGGCGCAUGAGGAGCCGGUGACCACGGCCAUUUGCCUGCCCAGCGAGCCCGUGGUUUUUACUACCUCACCAGACAACUCCAUGAAGAUGUUUGUGUUCGACAUGCCGGACGGUGGAGCAAGGCAGCUGAGGAUCCGCGAGGGACACACAAAGCCGCCGCUUUGCAUCCGUUAUCAUGGCAACUCGGGGGUAUCUAUUCUCUCCUCGGGUGAGGACAGCACCAUGCGGGUGUUCUCCACCAUUUCCGAGUCGCUGAACAAGAGCAUGGGCAGGGCCACGUACAAUCCUAAGGCCACAAAAAAGAAGAAUCGGUUCCAGCACGACAAGUUCGGCAUGCCGCCUAUUCUGGAGUUCACCUCAGACAUAGCCCGGGAGAAGGAGUGGGAUAACAUUGCCGCCAUCCAUGCGGGCGUCAUUCAGACGACCACCUGGUCAUUCUACAAGAACCGCAUGGGCGACCACCGCCUUGUGCCGCAGCAGUUUCAAAAUAGCAACCGCACCAACUUCCAGAGCGAAACCACAUGCAUCGUACUGACACACUGUGGAAACUUCGUCAUCAUUGGCUACAGCAGUGGCGACAUCGAGCGCUUCAAUAUCCAGUCGGGCUUCCAUCGAGCCAGCUACGGUUCUCCGGGUCACAAAAUGGCAGUGCGCGGCCUGGCCAGCGACAAUCUUAACCAGAGUGUCAUAUCCGGCUGCUCGGAGGGUCUGGUCAAGUUCUGGCCGUUCAAGGGAAAGGUUGACAAGCCGCUGGCCGUGCUUCGUCUGGCGGAUGGAGUUGCCCUAAUGCGACAGCACCGCGAGAGCUCCAUGCUGGCCAUCGGACUGGAGACCUUUAAGAUAUUUGUGGUGGACAUGCACACGCGGGUUAUUGUCCGCAAGUUCGUCGGUCACACAGCCAAACUGAAUGACCUUGCCUUCAGUCCGGACAGUCGCUGGCUGAUCACUGCUGCCAUGGACUCCACGAUCAAGGUGUGGGACAUACCCUCCUCAUACAUGGUUGAUCACUUUCGUGUGGAGUCGCCUUGCGUAUCGUUGAGCAUGUCGCCCAACGGCGACUUCCUGGCUACUGCGCACGUCGGGCUUUUGGGAAUUUACUUGUGGGCCAACAAGACGCUGUUCAACCAGGUUUCCCUGCGCUCCAUCGAUCCUUUGGAACCGGCUCCCUAUGUGGGAUUACCCACUAAUGUGUGCGAUGCUAUGGAAUUGGAAGAUGGCAUGCAGGAGCUUGAGAUCGACGAAGAAGACGAGUCGAAUCUCGGGGAGCUGGUCGAUGCCAAGUAUGAAACUCCAACCCAGUUGUCCGAGGAGUUAAUAACACUUUCCGGAUUGGCUGCAUCCCGCUGGCAGAAUCUUUUGGACUUGGAGCUUAUAAAGCAACGCAACAAGCCCAAGGCGCCUCCAAAGGCUCCUAAACAGGCUCCGUUUUUCCUACCCACUGUUUCGGGACUGGAGCUGCGCUUCGAUGUGCAGAACGGCCAAACGGAGGAGGACAACUCCCGUAUCCGAAAGGCUUCCACGCUCAAUAAUCUAACUGCCUUUGGUCAGCUGCUGGAAGAAACUUCCGACAGCCUGAACUUCUCACCUGCUGUGGUGCACUUGACCCAAUUGGGUCCUUCAAUGGUGGACUUUGAGAUCAAAUCGCUGCACCCGGAAGCUGGAGGAACGCUCCUCGCCAUGCUGCAGUUCCUCAAGCUCAUCGAGUUUAUGUUUGGCACCAAUCUGAAUUUUGAGCUGGCCCAAUCCUAUCUAAGUGUGUUCCUGCGGUCUAACGGUCUGGCACUGACUGAAUCCCCUGAGUUGGUAAAAGCGCUGCGCAGUGUUUCAAAGGUGCAGCAGGAGGCUUGGCAACGGGUGGAGGAGAAACUGAUCUACGGCACUGGAGUGGUGGCUGCUCUUCGCAAUUUUGCGCAUUAGUUUAUACAAGCUUGUGUUGUAUAGUCACUUUGGAAAUUUGUAAAUAAAUUUACAAAAUAUUUUAACAAAA